AGCUUUUGUCUCCCCCCACCCCAAAACCCCACAGUCCCCUUCUCGCUUAUCUUUGACAUAUACCUAAAAUUCUUUAUACACUUGAAUCAUAUCAACAUUUAGGGUUUUUGCUACAAGUUAAUUGUGUAACUCUUUUCUUCAUUAACCCAAUUUAGUAAAUUAUGGGUGAGACUGGAAAACGAUCUCGUAGGGAUGACGGGGAUAGCAAGAACCAGAAGAGGAGGACAGAGAGAGAUGAGAAAGGCGAUGAUGAACUAGUAGUGUACAGAAUUCUAUGCCCAGAUAAUGUGAUUGGUAGUGUUAUUGGAAAGAGUGGGAAAGUUAUAAAUUCGAUUAGAGCCGAGACCAAGGCGAAGGUCAAGGUGGUGGACCCAUUUCCAGGUGCUAAGGAUAGAGUUAUAACCAUUUAUUGCUAUGUAAAAGAAAAGGAAGAUGUUGAGGUUGACGAGGAGUUCAAUGAGAAAAAACCUCUUUGCUCUGCUCAGGAUGCUCUUCUUAGGGUUUAUACGGCAAUUGCAAAUGCUUUGGCAGCUGUUGGAGAUUCUGAUAAGAAGCGUAAGGAAAAAGAGGAGUGUCAGCUUCUUGUUCCAUCAAGCCAGUCUGCAAAUAUUAUUGGUAAAUCUGGUACCACCAUAAAGAAGUUGAGAAGCAAGAUGAGGGCUAAUAUUAAAGUUAUUGCUAAAGAUGCUAGCGAUCCAACACAUUCCUGUGCUCUCGAGUUUGAUAACUUCGUUCUGAUAACUGGUGACUCAGAAUCAGUAAAGAAAUCGCUCUUUGCUGUUUCUGCAAUCAUGUACAAGUUCACACCUAAGGAAGAUAUUCCUCUUAAUACUAAUGUUCCUGAAGUUCGUCCAAGCAUUAUUAUCCCUUCAGAUGUUCCCAUAUAUCCAGCAGCUGGGAUUUAUCAAAAUGUGGAUCCUAUUAUCCCAUCUAGAUCUGUUCCAUCUGUUUUAGGCACCACACACAUACCAGAGCUUCCAGGUUAUGUAGAUGCAGGAAGCGCAUGGCCGGUUUAUUCUCCUGCUCUUCCCAUGGUUUCUGGUUAUGGUGGUGGUGCCUCUCAAACUGAGGAAUUGACUAUUAGAGUGUUGUGUCCAACUAACAAUAUUGGCCGUGUUAUUGGAAAAGGAGGAGCUUCUAUUAAAAGUGUACGGCAAGCAAGUGGUGCUCGUAUUGAGGUUGGUGAUGCCAAAGCUGAUCGCGAUCAGUGCAUCAUCACAGUCAUUUCCACUGAGUCAGUGGAUGAUCUUAAAUCCAUGGCAGUUGAAGCUGUCUUGCUGCUGCAAGGGAAAAUAAAUGAUGAAGAUGAGGAUAGUGUAACUUUUCGUCUACUUGUUCCAUCAAAGAUCAUUGGAUGUAUCAUUGGGAAAGGUGGUUCAAUCGUUAAUGAAAUCCGGAAGAGAACUAGAGCUGAUGUACGUAUCUCGAAAGGCCAGAAGCCCAAAUGUGCAGAUUCAAACGAUGAACUUGUUGAGGUGGCUGGGGAAAUUAGUAGUGUGAGGGAUGCCCUUAUCCAGAUUGUACUGAGGCUCAGAGAUGAUGUUCUGAAAGGCCGAGAAGGUAAUUUUAAUCCAUCUGCCGGUGCUGAUUCUUUACGCGCUGGUGGUACUGGUCAUUCACUGGCUCCAGUUUUGCCCAAUGUUCCUCCAACUGCUUCUUUGAGCUAUGAACACAGGGGUGAGACUGGGAAUGGCCUUGGAAUGCGUUCUUCGGGCAGCCUCUAUGGUCAUGAGUCAUUCUCGAGGGGGGAUGAUGGCUAUGGAGCGUACUCUUCAUAUUCCUCAAAGAUAUAUGGCGGACCGCCUCCACCCACAGCUCUAGAGAUGGUUAUCCCUGGACAUGCAGUUGGUAAAGUUAUUGGUAAAGGUGGCUCAAACAUAGAUAAUAUUCGCAAGAUAUCCGGAGCAGCUGUGGACAUAAUUGAUUCCAAAUCCUCUCGAGGUGAUCAAAUUGCUAUAAUAUCUGGUACACAUGAACAGAAGCGUGCUGCAGAAAACUUGAUUCAGGCAUUCAUAAUGGCCACUUGAGCAAUAAGGACACAUCUCUUUUUGGAGGUGUGACCUUGACUAAAUGUCGAGGUUCCUUCUUCAGAAGUUCCUCUCUAGGAUAUGGUAGGUUCUCGUGCUGGAGAGUGUGUCAUUGCGUAGGUUUGAUACAUUUCUUCUCUGUAGGAACGCUUGCAAAGAUUGUUCAUAAAGUUGGACCGCUUGUUCUGUUUUCUGCCUAUUUAGGUUCAGCCAUGUUGCCUGACAGGCUCUUUUCAAUCUGCUCUGGGUUAGAACUUCAUAGGGCAUUGUCUUUCCUUUGAUGGUCUUUCAUCAGUUCUUAUCUUUUGGGCAUUAUGGCUU